AUGAAGACCGAAGACGGUGGUAUCGACGACUUGCUGCCGUCGCUCCCGCCGCCGCCGCCGCCGCCGUCACCCCAGGCCGGCGCCAAGGCCGUCCUCUACACCAACGACGCCGCCGAGUCCGCUCAGACCCAGAACGGGCCCGGCCAGGCACUGCCCAAACGCACCGUCUGCGACCACUGCCGUCGACGAAGAAUCCGCUGCGAUGGCCAACUUCCGUGCCAGCCGUGCGUCAAUGCGUCGCUGGCUUGCAAGCGCGACCACGUUCCUCUGAAACGGGGACCCAAACGUGGUCGCGGGCGCGUCAUCAACGAGCUCCGGGAACGGUACUCGAUUGAACAGAACGCCAGCGCUGCCAUGGUCAACCAAAACACCAACACCGCCAACACCGCCAACAACAACAAACACAGCCGCGAGAGCAGCUCGGACCUAAUCAAUGGCAUUGACAUGUCGGUCCCGUCUACACCCGCGCCGCCGUCCGACAUCUCCUGGCAGAAUGUAUCGUCGGAUCCCCGGCACGCCGUCGAACCGCGCGGCGCCUUCUCGUCCGAGCACUACCGCCCGACGACCCGCAGCUACAUGUACCUCAUGCCGCGAUGCGUCAGUCUCUACUACGAGCACAUCUACCCCAUCAUGCCGCUCCCCUACAUGCCCGCUGUGCGCAACAUGGUCAACCGGAGCCACGCCGGCUUGGCCGAGCUGACCUUCUCGGACCGCAACUUCCUCUACGCCCUGUGCGCCCUCACUUGCUUCCACAUGUCUGGACAGAACAUCACGGCGGAUGCACCACACCCGUCGUGGGAAUGCGCCGGCCGUUUUUUCUUGGACGAAUGCAUUUCGGCGCGCCAGUCAUACGACUUCUUCAACGACGCGUCCUUGAACGCCGUCAUCUCCUCGUUUUGGCUCUCGACAUCCUUCUUCGAGAUCAACCAGUCCCGCAAGUCGUGGGUCUACCUGCGAGAGGCAUUGACGCUCGCCCAGGAGAUUGCAUUGCAUGACGACGCUUCCUACGCCGGUCUAGAUGCUGCGGAAAAGCUGUGCCGGCAGCGUACCUUUUGGCAGCUCUUUGUGACCGAACGAUCCUUUGCCAUUCUGCGAAGCAAACCCAUUACACUCAAGAAGACUCCGUCGCUUCCAACCACCCGCCAUCCGUACGAAGCCCCCGAGAUCCAUUCUGGCUUCCGCCAGCUCAUCAGCUCCUAUACCCCACUCGACGAGUCCUUUGUGAACGCCUGGAACGAAGGCUCCGACCCACGCGUCACAGCCGCUACAUACCUCACUCUUCAAGCCAUCCUCGCCGUUCGGCCGCCCUUCCUUGCCAAAGCCAAGAGCGAGAUUGUAACCGUGACACAUGGUCUGUCCACGGCGAGCCAUACGCCCGAAGACCGGUCGCCCACUGGCCACGAAGCCCCGCCACCGUCGCCGAGCUCGCCAGCCGAAUUCAGUGCUGGACUGAAUGCAGCACUGCGCACGAGCGGGGUUGCGGUCGGCGACGACACGGAGGUCAAGCAGGAGAACGAGCCGGAGACGACCGACAUUCAAAAAGCCGACCUCCUCAUCACGCAGCAGUGGCUGCGCCUCAUUGUCUGGCAGUCCUCGUUCCGCCAGCAACUCCUCUCGUGGACCGCACCCGACGAGAGCAUGCGCUUCGCCUUCCCACUCACCAUUGCUGCCCGCACCGCCGCCGUCAUCCAGAGCCUGCCCCCGCAGGCCAUCGAAGUCCACGGCAUGGGCAUCUUUGAGAAGAUUUUCGAGAUUGGCACCUGGUCCAUGAACGUCUUGCAGGCCUGCGACAUGGCCAGCGCCUCGGGCACCAACGUCGCCGGCGGCGGUGCCGCCAUGGGCAUGGACUUUGCCGGGGCCUCUGACAUGGGCGUGCUGGGCGUCGGCCGCAUGUCCUUCUCGGUCGACCCGCUCGAGUUCUUUGUGCGCACGCUGAGCGCUAGUCCCAACAGCCGCACCCAGUACGCCGAGCGCCUCCUCAUGUUUGCCAAUGAGCGGACUGGCGGCGGCAUGCGCAUGGCCCUGUCGCCGUCGCUGUCGUCGCCGUCGUCGCCCGAGCUGCUGCCGGCAGCACCGGCCCACUGGUCGCACGACGAGAUCACGGCCGCCGCCGGCACAGCCACCACUGCUGCUGCCGCCACCACAACAGAGGCGGCAGGGCCGCCAACGUCGCUGCCGACGGUCACGGAUGCGACUGGUCGAGGCAAUGUCGGCACCGUGCUGGGCGAAGUCGGCGACGAUUUCCACAUCAUACCGUCCAUGAACCACAGCCACCACUUUGCGUCAACGACGGGCCCCAAUGGCCAAGCUGUGCCGUUUGCGUUUGACGCGAGCGCCCUCGACAGCGCCGCCUUUGAGGUUGGCCCCGUGGCCUACGACGGCAACAGCCUCGAUGGCGUGGUCUACGACGGCACUGUCAGCCCGACGGGCGUGUCGGUUGGCGGCGGCUCCUACGGGUCCAUCCACGGCGGCUCCAUCCACGAGGGCAUCAGCCGGAACCACAGCUACGGCAGCUUCACGGAGGAGCUGCAGGCCGGAACGGACUACUCCGUGUUCCUGCCCAGCGGCGCACAGAGCCCCAUUGACAACAACGGGUUUGCCGGCUUUGACCUGUCGCAGACGAACCUGGCAUCUUAG